CUUGCAGCAAUCAAGAACCGACCGCCCAAGGCUCGCCCUAGUAUAAAGACGAGUUCUAGACGACUGAGAAAACUUACCAUUCAACGGACUCUUCUCUCCCUUUAGACAACCUGCAAGCGAGCUCCCUUGUCAUUACUCAUCCCGCUUCUCACAGUACCAAGCAUGGCACAACGCAUCGAUACUAUUGUACCACAGGCACCUGAAGACGGAGCGAAGCCUCGAGUUGGCACUACCACUACAGUACACUGCGGGGAUAUUGUAGUUAGCGCGUCCAUCCCGAAUCUUUCAGUCAGUCCGCUCAACACCGAGUUGAACGACUUCCGCAGGCUCUGGAAUGACAAGCUACAUCUUCCUAUGAUGAAUGAUAUUGCCUGGGAGGAAGUGAUCACAUCAACGAGCAACGACUUUCAACUGAACGUCGUAUUGGUUGCAAGCUUUACCUGUGAUGGAAGGCUUCUGAUCAGCUUUGUAUGGAAGGACGAAAGUGAACCGCCUAAGGAGAAUCUUCAUACGGUCUAUCUGCUGCGGCCGCUUCCGGAAAAGAUGGCGGAAUGGAUGCGGGCCAGACUGAACGACAAAGAGAUGACAAAGAAGGAUUUCGAUCUCCUUAGCGAGAUCUAUUCGGAGACUUUGGAGGCAUGAAAGGUGCAUUCUUGUCAAGUCGUCUAGCUGGCGGGCUUUGGAUGAUGUAGCGGCACUUGGGAAGCGAACAUACUUGAGGUAUGCUAGCUAAAUGUAUCACAGUUACAGGAUGUCACCAGCGUUAAAUCCUGG